GUAAUAUUAUUUUCUGAAGUUACGUACACUUUAAAAUCAUAAAUGACAGAUGACAUUAACGUAAUUAAAUUGGUCGUGAUUUUAAGUUUAUAAAAGGGGAUUCCUAGUUUCAAAAACAUACAAUGAUUAAAAUUCAUUAUGUAGUAUAGUGUAGAUUAUUUUCAAAAUGACCUUAUUAUCUUCUUAUACACAUCUAAAACAGCAAGUUGUAUAUAAUGUUGGAAGCAGUGACAUUCAAGGUAAUCUUCUUAACCAAUUAAAAGAGUUUUACAGAGAUGACAUAGACUCCACAAGAAGACUCGAACAAAUAAAAACUAUUGGGCAACUUUUACGAGUAUUAGAAAUACGCGAUGUUCUUUCCGAAAACAAUGUAACGCCCUUGAAGGAAAUAGCUAGAAGAAUUAAAAACAAUGAAUUAUUAAAGAAAAUAAGUGAAUAUGAGCAGUCCCAUGAUCAUAGGGAACAUUUGAACUUUUAUGCUGCAGAAAAUACACAGAGCUCAUCAUAUUAUAAAGAAACUGAAACAGCUUUACCAUCUGGGCAUCCAUAUGGAAACAUUACUCUAAGAAAAAAGAACCGUAUUAAUGAAACUAUAGUAGAACAAAUUGGCACAUCCUGGAGAGAUCUUGGUAGAAAUCUGAAAUUGCAAGAACAUCGAAUAGAUGAAAUUGACAAACAACAAAAUUCAUUAAAAGAUAAAGCUUAUGAGAUAUUGCAUGUAUACGAAGACCGAGCUGACCCACAGAGAGGUUUUCUUGUUUUAUGCCACGCUUUGGAGAAAUCUAGACGAAAAGAUUUGUGUAGAAAACUACAAGAAAUAAUGGUUAUGAACAUAUAAAUAUUACUAAAAACAUACUCAUUUAGAUUAAGUAAAAGUUUAAUAUCAAAUAUAAUAACAUUUUAUGUUAAGGGUAAUUAAUAAUUAUACUUAAAAAUAUUUUUAUCAAAAGUAUAUGUAUAUAGAAUUUAAUCAUUUAUGUUACCUUAAAAUUAUUUAUGCUUAACUCCUUGUGCCCAUUUACUUAUUUAAAAUCAUUUUAUAACUCUAAACAUAUUUAAAUAACAAUUUAACAAGAAAAUAAAUUGAUAAUUCUCAACGCUGUACAUUUUCAAAUGAGAAUAACCAACAAAGAAAAAUAUUUUGUAAAA